AUGUCGACGGGAUAUUUGAAGCCGGAAUAUUCGGACCCGGCGCUGAGAAGAAAGCCGGUAUCCAACCCAAACUUGCGGGCUACGGCGCGUGCCGAUCAUCGGGUGACAGCUGCUGCCAGUACCCCGACCCUAGCACCCUUACAGCCCCCAUCUUAUGAAGACCUAUAUGGCCCACCUCCCAGGACCCCAAGAAUCCCAAGGACUCCAAGUCCAGGCUUGCCACCGAGGCCUCGGACAGCUGGACCAACAGCAUCGCCAGCCCCUCAGGCUCCAACACCAGUGCAAAAGGCAUACACCGAAGCUCGGCAUUUUCUCGGUGGCCUCAUCAAUCAUCCCACGGAGUCAAACAAGCAUGUCACUAUUUUACGGCAUUCUCAUGGCUUAGUCUUUUAUCGUGGAAAUACAACAUCAGUUGCGAUUUCAACCUUCUCUGAUACCCCUUUACCACCCGACCGUACCUUAUGGCUACAAAACAGGGGAUGGUCCGGCAACACGGGGAUGCAAAUCAAAUCAUUUCUUCGUCUCAGGGACAGCUGGCUGGAUGUGACGCCUGGAAUGCCGUUAAGGGCAGACCAAGUUUCCCCAAAUGACGAGCGAGCCUGGCAACGUGACGUGAAGAAAUUCCGGAAAAAGGCAACCACUCGGCCACGCAACACACAUGAGUUACGGGAAACCUGUGUGGUACGUAUACCUGCCGAAGCAGGGGACGGCUAUUUCCAGCUGGUACUCUGUCAAGGACAGAAGAAAAAGGUGCUCGGCAACAGUCCAGUAUUCCGCGUGCUGUCCACGUCCACUGCCCCGAGCUCUAUCCGUGGCGCUAGUUUGACCACUCUACCAGUGGAGGUUGGAGCCAUGGUGCUGAGUGUCUAUGCCCAAACCGCAGCUCGUACUGCGGCUGCCCCAGCAGCCGUGGCGAUUCAAGCCAGGGUAGAUCGUCUGGCCCCUUCUAAAGUGACAAAGGCCGUGGCCCAAAAGGUGUAUACAACCAGUGGGGCCCAGAACCGUGUUGGUGGUAUAAUCAACGGGCCUCAUGGUCCCAUUGGCCAGUUUCGGCCAAACCCGACAGCCCCGGAGCUCACAAGGAAUGAACCAGUCUCUAUCGAUGUUGGGCCUCAGCCACCAUUCCCAAUGUCUCUCAAAGCUCGUUGCCAGCCUGCUCAAUUGUCAUCCCUGGAGGGAGAGGAAGAACCGCCAAGAUUGAACUUGACAAGGAUCCCGGAAUGGGUAACAGACCAGCUGAGAGGUUACUAUUUCGGAUGGGCUCGUUUUGACAUUGCAUCCGGCAAAGGUUCUUCGACGAGCCCAUGGUGUCCGGCCAUCCUGUCCGUCAGGGCGAUGGAUCCUCUCCAGGCAGCCAGAGUGAACCUGGCACAGAUUGCCAAACGCACGGUCGCACUUCGCCUCCUCCACAAUGUGUCUCCACAGGCCGAAAAAGUCGAGGUCCGUAUCUUAGGAUACCUCCGAGCUGAGAUUCCUCCGCCGACCGGAAACACAAGUCAGCAAUUGGCCGAGGCCCAAGCUGCAGCCAUGGAGGCUGCGAUGCUUGCCGACGUGUACGAUGCAUCAGUUGUGCAAGACACACUCGCCCACCCGGCAUGGGCUGCGGAACACCACACUUUGGACCUUCAACAGAAUACGAACUGGAUUGACCGCACCCAAGAGGGAUUCGCCAACAUCAUCACACGUGGGCAAAAGUUGGUCGAGCAGGUUCCAUUGCACAAAAUCGGAGUUCGAUCGGUAACCGAUGAAAUCAGAGAGAGUCAGAUCGCUGUGAAUGGAUUCUUCAUUGUCCGGUGA